CACACUACGUUUUCCUUUUGUCACUAAUAAAGACUCCAAGACCAUAAUCAUCUGAUCCCACCACCAACGAGGGAAGAAAGAAAGAGCAACAAGUUUUAGUCCAAAUGGAAACCGAAACUUCAUGCCGAAGCAAUUUCGAAAUGAGCGAAAUGCUGGCAACAUAUCUUGCCUCAACAUCGCUGUUGGAAGAGGCAUGGAGGAUUUGCAGUAUCGCAAACACAAAGUUUCCAGGGGCUUACAUGGUGGAACAGAUUGGAAGCGUGGCCUAUGUUGCGUUUUCUGGCAUACAAAUGGAUUCUGGGUCAGACCAGACCAGCAGAAAUCUGGUGCCACUGGAUGCUGAAGACGAUGGCCUUUUCGCUCCUCUUUAUCGACAUAGCGAAGCAGAGGAGCCCAUCAAGGUGCAUAAAGAAAUGUUAAAGCUUUUCCUCUCAAUGUAUCCCAGUUUGCAAAUCCAGAUUAUGGCGUUAAUGGGAAAAGUGAAGUCCAUAGUGAUAACGGGUCAGUCCAUAGGGGGAACAACAGCCUCCCUUUCAGCUUUAUGGCUCCUCUGUCAUCUGCAGUCCAUGUCUUCUCCAGUGACGACGGUGCUAUGCAUCACAUUCGGCUCUCCAUUGCUCGGCAAUGAAACCCUCCAUCGAUCAAUUCGCCGCCAAAGAUGGGUUGGAAACUUUUGCCAUGUUGUUUCCAAGCAUGAUAUCAUGCCAAGACUACUCUUUGCUGAAAUUGUUAAUCACAUUUCGAAAAUACAAGACCUGUUAAAUUUCUGGCACUGCUGCAUGGCUUCUCCACACAUCAUUGUUACAGGCCUUUCUUCUCAGCUACCCGAUGAUGUUAAAGAUACUAUUUUUCAAUGUGUUUUGAAGGACUUGGAACUGUUAGCACAAGCUGAAGAGCCAUCAGAAAGUUUGUUUUGGCCGUUUGGAAGCUUUGUUUUCUGCUGCCAAGAAGGUGCCAUUUGUGUAGAGAAUGCAGCGUCUGUUACUAAAAUGAUGUAUUUGAUGCUGGCAACAGCUUCUCCAUGUUGUAGCAUUGAGGAUCAUCUCAAGUAUGGAGAUUAUAUUGCUAAAGUUUCUAACCAGUUUUUGAAGGCUAGAAACUUCCAAGAAGAGGGUCUACCUGAUUCUAGCUGUGAAGCUGGAGUGGCAUUGGCAUUGCAGUCCUCACAACUAACUCACAAGGAAUCAGUUCAAGACCUUUGCUUAUCCAUGCAGAACCCAAACACAAGGAAAGAAGUUGCAAUUAUGGCCAAGGACUGCCUACAUAUGGCUCAAAAUGAUCACAACCCAAACCUCACUGCUGCCAAUCUAGCAAUAAAAUUGUCCAAGAUAGUGCCCUUUAGAGCUGAGAUUGAAUGGUAUAAAACCCGUUGCGAUGAGGCUGAUGAUCAAAUGGGUUAUUAUGAUUCCUUCAAGCUUAAGGGGGGUUCAAGAAGAGAGGCCAGAAUCAACAUGAACCGCCAUAAGCUUGCUGGGUUCUGGAAUAGCGUAAUCCUCAUGUUGGAAAGCAACAAGCUACCUCAUGAUUUUGACAGAAGAGGUAAGUGGGUAAACGCUUCCCAAUUCUAUAAGCUUCUAGUUGAGCCAUUGGACAUUGCCGACUACUACCGAACAGGGAUGCACCGCGAACAUGGCCAUUACAUUGAGCAUGGAAGGGAGAGGAGGUAUCAAAUUUUCGAUAAAUGGUGGAGGGACAGACGUGUUCCAGAGAAAGAAAAGAAGAGGAGCAAAUUUGCCAGCUUGACACAAGAUUCAUGCUUUUGGGCUAGGGUAGAAGAAGCCAGGGAGUGGCUAGAUAAUGUCAGAAGGGAGAGUGAUGUAACAAAGCGACGUCUGUUGUGGCACAAGAUUGAUGUGUUUGAAAAAUAUGCAGGGAAGUUGAUUGAGAAUAAAGAGGUCUCUAACGAUGUAUUAGCAAAAAAUUCAAGCUUUAGUCGAUGGAUGGAAGAAUGGAAGAAAUGAAAUCACAUGUCCUGCAAUUCCCUCCCUGGUUUCCAGAUUUUGUGGAUGGAGAGGUUGUUCCUUAGUCUGCUUUCUACUACAAACAUGCUUUUUGUAGGUUUGUAAAAUAUGUAAAAAACCAUUUCGUGUAGCUUUGGUUCAUGAAUUCGCUUUUAUUACUAUGGUGCACUUUUUACACAACCAUCCUGACCUGCAAAACUAUUCGGUCCAAUUCAAUCUGAAAUUUGGUUAUCAGAAUCAAUGUCCACUCAAAACUCUGAUGAAUUAAUCCUUUGAUUUUCACGAAUUCAUUAGAUCCUAUGACGUAAAUAUAUUUGCUUGAUGAAUCACU